AUGGACAUGAUGAAUCAAACAUCGGGCACGGAAACAAGUCAUUUAAUGUCGACAAAAAUAAAAUAUCGUGAUGAUAAUAGUAAAUCAUCAUCAUUGUCGUCGUCGUCGUCGUCAACAACAUCAUCGUCGACUACAACAAAAACACAACAACAGCAACAGCAACCGAAUACAAAGAAUCAAUCAAAGAAUACAACAACAGCAACAGGAUCACCAAUGUCAAUGGCAACGGCAUCGAAUAUGAAAGAAUCGUCUAAAUUGUCGCUAUCCAAUUCAUCAUUAUCAUCGAUUGCAUCGAACAUUUCCAGUAAAAAAGAACAAAAACUACGAACAAAAUCAAAAUAUUAUGAUACGGCAAAAAUUCAAUCACAAUUUCGUGGUUCCGAGAAAUAUUCCAAUAAAAUUCAUGAAAAUGAUUCAUCAUCGACUAAAAUGAAAAAGACAAAGAUCAAAUCAUCGUCAUCAUCAUCGAAGAUGAAAAAAUCGAAUAAAAAUAAACACAAUUCUUCAUCAGAUGAUUCAGAU